GAGAGCAUCCUCGCUCCAGCGCUGGGAGGGUGGGAGGCAGGCAGGCAGGCAAGGGAGGGAGCGGCUGGCAAGCAGCGCAGCCCUGGGAGACUGCCCGGAUCGCAGGCAGCAAAGGGCGCCGCCAUGCAAGCCUGAAUGCCCCCCACCCACCCCCAAAGACCGCUCUCUCUCUAUCUAGAUAGGCACCUUCCCUUUUCUCCUUAGCCUGCUUUCUCCCGCGCCCCUCCCUUUCCCCGAGGAAACAUCUGGACCCCCAUCGCUCCCCGCCCACCUCCCCGCGCAAGGACCGCAAGGACACUACCCGGCGGAGAGAGGCGGGCGGCGGCGGAGGAGGAGGAGUGGUGAGCCGGAGGAGGGGUGGGGGGGACCGGGCGGAGGGUCCCCCCCGAAAGGAGACCAUGUGCUGAGCGGCUCCCAUCCUUGGCAGUGCAGCCAGUGAUGGUGCCCAGCGCCCCCGACGAUGCCCCAGAGCCCCGAAUCAAGUGCGGAGGAGGAGGAGCACCUCUCCCAGUGCCCCGAGGGGGAGUCGGGCUCGGAGACCUCCCACGAGGGGCCCAGCCCGCCGGCCAGCCCCGCUAACCCUGACCACAGUCGCUCCAUGUCGGUACCCGAGGACGCACACUUCAGUAUGAUGGUCUUCCGAAUUGGCAUUCCUGACCUGCACCAGACGAAAUGCCUUCGUUUCAACCCUGAUGCGGCCAUCUGGGUGGCAAAGCAACAGAUCCUCUGCACUCUCAAUGAAAGCCUCAAGGACGUGCUGAACUAUGGGCUUUUCCAGCCAGCCACCAAUGGGCGGGAUGCCAAAUUCCUGGACGAAGAGCGCCUAUUGCGCGAGUACCCACAGAGUUUCGAGAAGGGAGUGCCCUACCUGGAGUUCCGCUACAAGACCCGAGUUUACAAGCAGACCAACCUGGAUGAGAAGCAGCUGGCAAAACUCCACACUAAGACGGGAUUGAAGAAGUUCCUGGAGUACGUUCAGCAUGGAUCGGCCGAGAAAGUGGCACGGCUCCUGGACAAAGGGCUGGAUCCCAACUACCACGAUUCUGACACUGGCGAGACGCCUUUGACAUUAGCUGCCCAGCUGGAUGGCACCAUCGACGUGAUCCGGCUGCUAUGCCUUGGCGGUGCCCACAUAGACUUCCGGGCGAAAGAUGGAGCCACAGCACUACACAAAGCUGUGUGCUCCCACCACUACCCAGCCCUGAUGGCACUCUUGGACCUGGGAGGCUCACCCAAUUACAAGGACCGCCGCGGGCUGACUCCGCUCUACCACACAGCCAUGGUUGGAGGUGACCCGCGCUGCUGCGAGCUUCUGCUCUACAACCGAGCGCACAUUGGUGCCACUGAUGAGAAUGGCUGGCAAGAGAUACACCAGGCCUGCCAGCACGGACACUCACAACACUUGGAGCACUUGCUGUUCUACGGCGCCGAGCCUGGGGCACAGAAUGCAUCCGGAAACACGGCGCUACACAUCUGCGCACUCUACAACAAGGAGAGCUGUGCUCGCAUCCUGCUAUACCGGGGAGCCAACAAAGAGAUCAAGAACAACCAUGGUCAGACUGCCUUCCAGGUUGCGGUCAUUACAGGGAAUUUUGAGCUGGGAGAGCUGAUCAAGAGCCACCGGGACUCAGAUGUUGUCCCUUUCCAGGAGACCCCGCAAUACGUCAGCCGGCGUCGGGACGGCUCCCAGAGCCUGGCGGUGCCGCACACUUUGCUGCGAGCCAACAGCGACACCAGCAUGAACCUCCCGGACUGGAUGCUUUAUGCCCCGCCGUCCACUCCGUCUUCCACUGUGGCUGUGCAGAGCCAGAAGAUCACCACGGGAACCCUGCGCAGCUCCAGCAGUCCCCGUGGCGCUCGCAGCCGCUCUCCGUCACGCGGGCGCCACACGGACGAGGCUAAGAAGCAGCGCGGUCGACCCAGCUCCAGUGGCUACCAGAAGGAGUCUGCUGGGGGAAGCACGCUGAGUAGCCGGGGAGUGAAGCGGAAACUCUAUUCGGCUGUGCCUGGUCGCACGUUCAUGGCUGUGAAACCGUACCAGGUCCAGGCCGAGGGUGAGCUCUCCAUCAGCAAGGGCGAGAAGAUCAAGGUGCUGAGUGUUGGGGAAGGAGGCUUCUGGGAGGGACAGGUAAAGGGCCGUGUGGGCUGGUUCCCAUCGGACUGCGUGGAGGAAGUACCCAAUAAAUCACAGGAAGGGAAGCAAGAGAGCCGCAGUGACAAAGCCAAGCGACUCUUCAGGCACUACACGGUUGGCUCCUAUGACAGUUUUGAUGCCCCCAGUGACUACAUCAUUAAAGAGAAGACAGUGCUGCUGCAGAAGAAGGACAACGAAGGAUUUGGCUUUGUGCUAAGAGGGGCCAAGGCGCAGACCCCAAUUGAGGAGUUCACACCCACCCCUGCUUUCCCUGCGCUGCAGUACCUGGAGUCAGUGGAUGAAGGGGGUGUGGCCUGGCAGGCUGGUCUCCGUAUGGGGGACUUCCUCAUUGAGGUCAAUGGACAGAACGUAGUGAAGGUUGGACACCGGCAGGUCGUCAACAUGAUUCGGCAGGGCGGGAACAACUUGAUGGUGAAGGUUGUCAUGGUGACGCGGAAUCCGGAGAUGGAAGAGGCCAUGAAGAAGAAAGCUGCACCACAGCAGACAAGACGAUUGCCACCUCCAGCCAUCUCCUUGCGCUCCAAAUCCAUGACAUCUGAGUUGGAAGAAAUGGUCUCCCCCUGGAAGAAGAAAACAGAUUAUGAGCCGGCGAUGGGCACUGAUAAGAAGCGGACUGUCUAUCAGAUGGCUCUGAACAAAUUGGACGAGAUCCUUGCAGCAGCUCAACAGACAAUCAACGUGGGGGAUGGAUGUGGCAGCGGAGGGCUUCCUUCCUUGGGGAAAUCUCGGGGCGCUGCCAAGAACUAUUUCUCUGCUGAGCCCAGUUUUGAACAGCACCGCCUGAGUCAGGCCAGUUACGAGCGCCCAUCCUACCUGCCAGCCAGUCACCCCCCAGGCAUGAUGCUCCGCCAGAAGUCUAUUGGUGCCGCUGAGGAUGACAAGCCCUACCUCACUCCCCCUGCCAUGAAGUUCAGCCGCAGCCUUUCAGUCCCCGGUUCUGACGACAUCCCCCCGCCUCCAACCACCUCCCCUCCAGACCCCCCAUACAGCAGCACCACGCCCUCGGCCUCCGGGCGUGCCACACCCUUGGCCCGUUCCACCUUCAACCCCAGCAGCGAGGCCAAGCUCUACUCAGCUUCCCUGCACCAGGAACCGUCUUACGAGCCGCGCUCCCGCGACAAAAUGUCCCUCUACCGCCAGGAGUCCGAGGCGGGGGCCGAGGGGUCGACUGCCCGCGGCUGGCGGGGCCACACCCCAGACCUGCGCUACUACAACCUGCCGCCGCGGGCCACCAACACCGCCAUGUAUGUCCCCACCAAGCCCAUGCGGCGGAAGGGGCCGCUUGUCAAGCAGACCAAAGUGGAAGACGAGCAGCGCCAGCAGCAGGGAGCCUCUGCCUCUCAGGCGCAGCCGUUGCCUCUGCAGCCCCAGAUGCCUGCCCCACCGGAAAAGAGCUCCAUCCCCAUCCCUACCAUCAUAAUCAAAGCCCCCUCGACCAGCAGCAGCGGACGCAGCAGCCAGGGGAGCAGCAUGGAGGCUGAGAGCCAGCCAGAGACAGCGGUGCCUGUGCCCUCGCUCCAGCUCCACAACAGCAUGGAUUUCACCAGCCAGUUUGGGGCGGCCCUGGUUGGGGCCGCCCGGCGGGACCGCGAGUGGUACAGCGAGGCUCGCCGCAAGUCUGCCCUCUUCCUCUCCACCGAGCAGCCGGACGACGACUCUCAACAGACGCCCAUGCCCCGUCUCCGCCACUCCAAAUCCAUCGACGAAGGCAUGUUCUCCAGCGAGCCGUACAUCCAGCUCAACAUGGCUCCCUGUUUUGGCAGCGGCGCCGGCGGCGGGAGCAGCUCCGGUUACCUCCCGCCUCGAGCCGCGAAAACGUACGGAGCCAGCACCACCAGCGCCUUCACUUCCGUGUGCUCCAGUUUCCUGCCGCAGUUACAGGCCCACUCGACGCCUCUCAUUCACCCGCUGACGGGCAAGAUUUUAGACCCUGGAUCCCCCUUGGGACUGGCCCUGGUGGCCCGUGAGCGGGCCUUGAAGGAGUCCCAGUCCCAGCAAGAGAGCCGAGAUGACAGGCAUUCGCGCCCGUCCUCGCCUCGGUUCGGAGAGGCUCCCAAAACCCCAGAGUCUCCCGGAAGCUCCAUCCUGCGGCUCUGGGGGACGCCAGAGCAGCAGCAGCACCAUCACCACCACCACCACCACCAGCGCCCGGCAUCACCACGGAAGGAGCCAGAGAGCCCCCGGCACCCCUCUCCCGAGCAGCAGCAGCAGCAGCAUCCUCCAUCCUCGGCCAAAGGCGCGCCGUGGGAGAAGCGGCCCGAGGAAGGGGAGAAGCUGGAGCUGCAUGUGCGCUUCAUGGAGAACUGCCGCCCAACCGAGGAGGAGGAAGGGGGCCAGGAGAGUGGGAAAGCUGAGGUGGCCACUGCCCCCGCGGAACGCGUGGCCGAGGAAAACGGGCUCCCGUUGCUGGUGCUGCCCCCUCCCGCCCCGUCCAUUGAUGUGGAUGACGAAUUUGUGUUCACCGAGCCGCUCCCGCCGCCCCUCGAGUUCUCCAACAGUUUUGACAAGCCCGAGUCGCCCCCCAAAGCCACCAACGAAGUCCCUGCUGCAAUGACCCCUCCGGCCGCGCCCCCUGCUCCAGCCGCCUUGGACUCCACGGCAUCCAGCUUGACGUCCUACGACAGCGAGGUGGCCACCCUGACCCAAGCCGGCACAGCGGAAACCAAGGAAGCCCCUCACGUCAACUUCUCUUCCGUCGUGUCCUCCAUCGCCAUCCCUCCUGCCGAGGCCCCCGAAGCCGUGACGGACUCGGGGAUCGAGGAGGUGGACAGCCGCAGCAGCAGCGACCACCACCUGGAGACCAUCAGCAGCGUUUCGACUCUGUCCAGCAUGUCUGGGGAAGGCACCGAACUCUUGGACACCUACAUCACCUAUUUGGACGGGCAGGCUUUUGGGGGAAGCAGCGGCAGCGGAGGAGGCAGCAGCAGCAGCGGUGGCGGCGGAGGCAGCACAGAGAAGAGCCCCCUGCAGACCAAGCUCCGCUCGCGGCCAUUCCCCGGUCGCUUGCCAGUGGCAACCCCCACCAGCUCCACCAUCUCGGUUUCUGCAUGUACUGAGAACAUGUUUGCCCUCACGCCCGCUCCGCCCUACCACCAGCAGCCGGCCGCUGCCGAGCCGGGCAAGGAGCUGCAGCGGAAAUCCCCGACGCUGCCAUGGGAGGAAGCCAAGGCCUCCCCCAUGUCCACCAUGAAGGCCAGCAUCAUCAGCGAGCUGAGCACCAAGCUGCAGCAAAUGGGCGGGGUGUCGUGGUCCCGUCCGCCCGACUCGGUGGCUUCUUUCGGUUCAGAGAGGCCCAGCUCCUUGCAGAGGCAAAGGCUCCCAGAUGAGACGUCCCCAUCACUGAUUUCCUCCAAGCCCGUAAGCAGCCUUUUCCAUAACUGGCCUAAGUCCCCCCAGGGCAAGCACCCCAAAAGCGUGGAGUUUGACAUCCGCCCGGCCCUGCGGCGCGCCCCGAGUCCAGCUGCCCUGCCCAGUGAGCACAAGAUUAGCCCUGCCCCCAGGCCGUCCUCCCUCCCUAUCCUGCCUUCUGUGCCCAUAUACACCGGCGUCUUCGAUCUCCGCGGCUCGCCCACUUCUGGGGGCGAGCACCCUUUCCCCGGCUUCCCCUCGGGCAGCCGCUCUUUGUCUCCCACCCACUUCCUGCUGCCGGCCACGGACAAGCCGUUUGGCUCCAAGCCACUGCCUUUCUGGACCAAGUACGACGUGGCCGACUGGCUGGAGUACCUGAAGCUGGGCGAGCACCGCGAUCGGUUCCUGGACAACGAAAUCGACGGCUCUCACCUGCCGUCCCUCACCAAGGAAGAUUUCAUUGACCUGGGCGUGACGCGAGUCGGGCACCGCAUGAACAUUGCCCGUGCCCUCAAGUUUUUUCUGGAGAGGUGAUGGGGGAAACCGCCCUGCCCUGGGGAGCCUCUCGCCUGAAUGUACAAUGGACCUCCACCAGUGGGGAGAAGUGGGGGGGUGGAGGGGUUGCAGCUGUGGGGCUAGGCACAGGGGAAGCUGCGAGGAGAGACCCUGCGGGUGAGGGUGGGGAUCCCCCCCUGGCAGAGAAAUACUUGGAGAAGCUCACCAAAGCUUGCCUGGGCACCCUCAGGGGUGUGCACUUUCCUCCUCUGCGAUGCCAUGUAGCAGUUUGCCCAUUUCACUCAUCCAACAGCUGCCGCCGACACAACAUACGGACACUUCACUUGCAGAGCAUCGCUUUCCAAGCUAUAUAUAAGUGUGUGCGUUCCGAGUGUGCGAAUCUGCUUACAUGCACUCGCCCUUCAGUGCUCCAUCGGCGUUGCAGCUUGCUUCAUCACCUUCGCUGCCUCGAAUGGAUGGCGUCAGCUGUCCAGCAGCUCAUGCCUGCAUGUAUAUAUAGAGAAGAUAGAUAUCUAUAUUUCAUCCUCCAUGCUGCUGAUUGUUCUUACUUUGCAGCUGUUUGCACAUCAGUUCAUCUAACCAUGUAACAGCUUGCCCUGUGCAUCUUCACAGUACCAGGGUUGUUAUGUACUCUGCCUUUUAUAUAAAAAAAGAACCUCUGAGAAAAGUAAA